AGCCAUCUUCCUUCAACCUCACUUUCCCCUCCACCGACACUUCUCCCACCCCGACAAACACCCAUAAAUCCGCGCAACCCUCUGACAAACCCGACCAAACGAUCCAAGGAACCACUCAUCGAUCGCACACCUCAUCCUCGCACCCUACACAAACAUGGCCACCCGCGCCGCCCACAAACGCCUGACCCGCGAAUACGCCACCCUCCAAAAAUCCCCACCGGAAUACAUCACCGCCCACCCCUCCGAAUCCAACAUCCUCGAAUGGCACUACAUCCUCACUGGUCCACCGGACACUCCCUACCACAACGGCCAAUACUGGGGCACCCUGACUUUCCCACCCGACUACCCCUUUGCACCUCCUGCGAUUCGCAUGCACACACCAUCCGGCCGCUUUCGGUGCAGCGAGAGACUAUGUUUGAGUAUCUCAGACUUCCACCCGAAGAGUUUCAACCCGGCAUGGGAGGUAGGCACGAUUUUAUUGGGAGUGCUGAGUUUUAUGACGGGGGAGGAUGUUACGACGGGGAGUGUCACGGCGACGGAGGCAGAGAGGAGGGGGUUGGCGGAGAGGACUAGGUGGUGGAAUAGCACCGGCGGGGGGAGUUGGCAAGCGGAAGGCAAAGCGGGGUCGAAUAAAGGCGGGAAGGGCUUCGGUGCGAUCAAGGCGGGAGACGGAGGGAGGAGAUUCAGGGAGGAGUGGCCAGAGGUGGACGAGGAGAAUUGGAGGUGGAUGAGGGAGGUGGGCGUGGAUGUGGCGACGGGAAGGAGCGUGAGCAAGGGAGUGGAUGGGACAGUGGAGGAGGAGAAGUCACAGAAAGAGGGUGGUACGGUGGUCGCCGAAAAGAGAGAGGCAGCUGCGAUACCGGAAGGAUUCCUUGCCAGGAACAAAUUCUACAUGAUUGGCGGCGCGCUGUUUUUGUAUGUGCUGGCGGCGAGGUUGGUGAAGGAUCAGCAGCAGUAG